AUGAUGGGGGACGAAGGCAGACGAGGAGAUGAAGAUGAGCGCGGUCCAGGAGCGGCUCAUCUGGAGUUUGUCGUGAUGGAGUCUCUGCUGGAGAAGUUAAAGGUGCUGAACUGUGAGGAGGAAGUUUUGAACAAACACAACAUGAAGAACCUGUCCAGGUAAACCCAGAGGAGCAGGUCUCACCUGAGUUAUUCAGCUAACGGUGUUAGUUGGGAAUAAUAACAGAAACUUGUUAGGAGGGAAACGAUAUGGGCCAAAACCACUUAAAGCUCCUGUAAGGAGUUUUCUGACGUCUAUGAAAUCAUACAUAUAUAAACGCUAGAUGGCUUACGCACGUCGGCUCUGUACAUCGAACAGAACAUUAUCGCACUUCUGAAUCUCCUAACCCUAAUCCUAAUUCUAACCCUAACCUGACUGACGAUGACGUUUCACAGCCAUUAGGAAUAACCUAUUGGAGCUCAGCACUUAUAGCCGAUGAGAGGCGAAGGAGGCGGGACCUUCCCCUACCAUCCUCCAAAAAGAAUUUCUUGUCCGCACAUGGCGGCCAUUUUGCUACGGGACGCUCACCCACUCAUAACAUUACAGUCUGCAGUGCAUGUAGCUAUUAGAUAACCAUAGACCGCUUAAUUUUAAACCGACUUUCGAACGGUUUGGUUUGUAACAAACGUCAGCGUUUUAGUUAUGUUCCUGCAUACUCAAGAAUAAUUUUAAUUAUGGAUUUUCAUAAAUAAACAUUAAGCAGAUAGGUAGAACAAUAGCUCUGUAGACGGGUUUCUGUGCAAUGUCAUCACAGGUAUGCGCGCACAGCCUUGGUGCAGAAAGUGAGUAGUUUUGGUCAUGCAGAUUACUCACCUCCCGUCAACUAUCAUAGCCGUACCAGUAUGGUAUACUAGAGUAAGGUGGCCGCCAUGUAGGGCCUCCGGUGAAUCCACCUUGAGUCAUCUAGCCUUUCUUGUCUAUGUAUGAAAUAGUCUGAGUGUGUGUUGCUUUAUCAUGACCCUUUCUGUCUCUCCCUGUCAGACAUUAUUUUGUCUCCAGUAAAUAUCUGGCGCUCAACACUGGCGAGCAGUUGUACAUGUUCACCAUCAUCGCAGCGUGGCUCAUUAACACAGCGGGAAGACCUUUCAUUGAGCCUCAGGAGAAAGACGAUCCCAACGCCACCCUGUCCAACAUCCUGGCAGAGCUCAGGGCAUUCGUGAGUGAUCAGAGACCAUCAGUUCUGUCAGAUUUGUUAUCUAGAGUGUCUGGCAUCUAAGGGUGUUUUCACACUUGGCCCCUUUCAAUAGAACCAAAUCCAGUCCUCUUUAACUGGACCAAAAGAAAAGGACCUCAGUUCUUUUUGUGUUCACAUUAUGAACUUUGCUCACCCUCCUGUCUUUUCUGAUUGAAUCAGUGCACACACAUAGUGAAAGAAGAGUUAUUCAGAUUACAUAUGAACACAAAAAGCUAUUGAGGAGAUUACAAAGAAGACUGGCAUGGCGGAGAAGAACUUUGUCGCGCCGAAAAAUCAUCAGACAGCAUUUGAUUCUGGCAACAUGUGAGACUUGAGCUUUCACCUGAAAGGUAGGCAUGAAUACAUGAAUUGAUAGGGGUUCAGAGGAUAAGGGAUAAAGAGGGUGUAGAGAAACAGCUAGGGAGAUAGAUAGAUAGAUAGAUAGAUAGAUAGAUAGAUAGAUAGAUAGAUAGAUUGAUUGGUAGGUAGGUAGAUAGAUAGAUAGAUAGAUAGAUAGAUAGAUAGAUAGAUAGAUAGAUAGAUAGAUAGAUAGAUAGAUAGAUAGAUAGAUAGGUAGGUAGGUAGAUAGAUAGACUUUUAAUUUUACCCAACUAAUUGGGUUGGUUCACAAUAACUACUCUGCUGAGUUCUUUCAAGAACAAAGAGAAUGAACUUUGGAGUUUGUAAACCUUUGGCAUUUUUUUUUCUUUUAUAUAUUUUCUUAUCUUUUCAAAAUGAACUGUACAGAACAGGAGCUUGUAUCUUGCAUCCACUCCACUCGACGUCACAAAGUCAUCCGUUUAUUGUUCGCAUCAACCUGAAACAUCAAGACAGAGAGUCCAUUAAAGCAGUAGUUCAACAUUUCUGACCACACCACACACCACAUCAGCUACCAUGUUAGCUUGCCACAUUUGAGGCAAUGUACUGUAUGCUACUAACAUUGGCUAACCAUUAGCCUGCUCACCUACCAAUCCAUUCCUGAAGGCAGAAGCUGGUACACAACAGUGCUUCACAAACUAACAUCCUAACAACAAAAUGAGGGUCUAUAUAAUAAUUUUAAUUAAUCUGUAUGGUAAAGCAAAAGAGCUUGGUUUCAAAUGCCUGAACGUCUACCCAAUGUGUUGGGUAGUCCACAAUAAACCAACAAAACUGUAUAGAAAUAACAACCCAACAGCUCAUAACUCUGUUCCCAACAUCAAUAACCUUGUGUGGGUACUCAGAAUACCCAACUCCAUGAAAAUAACCCAAAUAAAUUGACCAAUGGGCUCAACCUAGUGGUUGGGUUGAAGAAACAACCCAGCAUUUUUGUUUGUAGAUAGAAACAACAUUUGAUUCUGGCAACAUGUGAGACUUCAGCUUGCACCUGAAAGGUAGGCAUGAAUACAUGAAUUGAUAGGGGUUCAAAGGAUAAGGGAUAAAGAGGGAGAUGAGAAACAGCUAGGGACAUAGAUAGAGGUGAGAAACAGCUAGGGACAUAGAUAGAGGUGAGAAACAGCUAGGGACAUAGAGGUGAGAAACAGCUAGAGACAUAGGUAGGUAGAUAGAUAGAUAGAUAGAUAGAUAGAUAGAUAGAUAGAUAGAUAGAUAGAUAGAUGGAUGGAUGGAUGGAUGGAUGGAUGGAUGGAUAGAUAGACUGCUAACUGUACUGAGACCACGGUUGGAGUGUUAACAUAUAGAUAAAGAAUGCUGAGUCAUUGAUCCGAGUUCGUUAAGAGGGCUGAAAGGGACCCAGUGUGAAAACACCCUUAGUAUUCAACACCAGCAGGUUAGAUAGGUUUUUACAUUUGUCUGUGAUUAUAAAUUUGUCAAAUAAAUUGACAAAUAUAUGAUUUUAAACCAGUAAAAAGGAAAUCAAGACGGAAUAAACUCAGAGAUGAGAGUCUGUGUGUGAAACUGAUCGAGAUAUCGUGUCUGUCAGGGUGUUAAGGUGGACUUCCCGCCCUCCAAACUGAAAUAUGGUUCAGGAGAAUACGUCUGCUUCGUGUUGGACCGACUGGCUGACGAGGCCCUGAAGAGGAGGGGGUUCUCCUACAAAAGGUACUUAAACUCUCCUACUAUCAGGUAAAUUCAAGAAGCAUGAGUGAUGUGAUAAAGGCUGACUGCUGAACGUUUGAAAUACUCUAAAGCUUCAGCUAUGAGCUCCUGUGGUUAUAACCAUAUCUUUAAAGAACCAACACAAACCACAAAGUCCUGUCUGAGGUGUACAUUUCUUCAGCUUUCGAGUGUUUGUACACUUUUCCCCUUGUGUUAAGUCUGAUUUUUGACAUUCUGUGUUUUGUUUUUGCUCAAGGCCACUUUACCCGACGGAAACCACAGAAGAAGAGUCUGUGAUAGAGGAUGACGCAGAGCUCACACUCAGCAGAGUGGAAGAGGAGAUGAUUGUAAGUGCAGUGGUCCUCAUUUCAAGUAUUUUAGAGCCACUCCUUAUACUCUCCUCUCAGAGUCCGUCUGACUUUGACAGCUUUUUUGAGGUUUGUGUCGGGAAGAAAAGAGAAAACUUUAGAGGGAUUGACUGAAGAAAAGGAGCCACAGGUCUGAGUCUAUCACCACAGGGCUACAGGUGCAUCUCUGAAAAAUUAGAAUAUCAUAAAAAAGUUUUUUUAUCCGAUAAUUCAUUGUCAGGAAACCUUUUGAUGGGAGUUGUGGUGUUGUGGGCAGGUGCUGAGUCUUGCAGCAUCUAAAAUCCUCAAACACAUGGCUACCUUAUCUUUAAACUUUGAUACAUUUGUUGAAUUGAAUGAACUUUAAAUUCUGAUCAGAAAUAUUUGCUUAUGUAAGCCCAACUAAAUACAGUCACAAGCAGUUCACAGGUUUUUUUUUUUCUUUGAGUUUAGAGACAAAAUUUUGCUCUUUCGGUCACAUGUACCAACAACAAAAUGAAACUGUUUUUGUGAAUGUGUGCUUCUUCCUUUCUUGUUAUAAAGAUUUACCCAAAUCACAGCAAGAAAUUAACCAGGAAACUGUUCAAACUGAACCCUGAAAAAUGAUUGGAUUUGCAAAAUGUCUGUUAAGUUCAUUAUUUGUUUGUGCGUCCAUGUGUGUGAUGUUUCAGGAGGCGCCUGACGAGGAGGAGGAGAACGUGAUGGACCUGGGGGCUCUGAAGUUAAGAAGCAGUCACACUGUGAGUUAUGCAGAGAAACUGAAGCUACUGAAGUUUUUAUGACAGCAGAGACUUUAGACCUUGAUAAGUUGUUGAAAAAAAAAGACAUUAGGAAUCAGCUCAUAAAUAAAUGUUGAUAGCACUUUAUUUGUGGGAAAUGUGAUGAAGUUACAGUUCUUUCUUUGACAGCCUCAGUAACUCUCAGCUUCGUACUGAACGCCUGUGCAGGAGGUCUUCAUGGUCUUCAUGUUUAUUCCCUGAUAGGUAACAGAGGCGUCCUCAAAACCAGAUGAGAUUCUGGAGUCCACGGUCGACGCAGCUGAGUGGAACCUGGAGGUGGAGAGAGUCCUGCCGCAACUCAAAGUCACCAUCAGGACGGACAACAAGGUGCACGCUCAUCACAGCGUCAGGCUUAACAACUUCAAGAUGAUUGAAUUUGUACAACUUUAGUUGAAAAUCCCUGGCUUAAUUGUUUUGUUUGGGUCACUGAGUGGGAGUUCUUGUUAAUGUCUGACAUACCUCCUUGUGUGCCGAUCUGCAGGACUGGAGGAUCCACGUGGACCAGAUGCAUCAGCACAGAGAUGGAAUCAAGUCCUCCCUCAAAGAGGCAAAGGUGCGUUCAAUGACCUGCUUUAACAAUAACAGGCUUAUCAGAAGUGUGCGUUAAGUUGAGAUUCAGCCGCACACCAUAACAGUUUCACAACCUCACCAACUUGUUUAUCGUUUUGUGUCCUUUGUCUCUGCAGAGCUAUCUGGACAAAUUACAAGAGGACAUCAGUAAGACUCUGGAGAAGGUGAGCAGCAGAGAGAAGUACAUCAACAACCAGCUGGAGCAUCUGAUCCAGGAGUACCGCGGCGCUCAGGCCAAACACAGCGAGGUAAGUUUUCACCUGCAGCGCCUGAAAUUCAGAGACGGGUGACUUCUGGCUCAUGAACGUAGGGUUUGAGUUGUAUUCAGAAACAUAGAUUCAAAAAAGGUCUGAGUAAACUGUCACCCCCUCUCCUCCAUCAGGCUAAGGAGCGCUACCAACAGGCCAGCGUAGGAGUGACUGAGAGGACCAGAGUGCUGGCAGAGGUCAGUGAAUGCAUGAAUUCAUCAUUCAGUUGUGUUCUUCCCCAAAGUUUUCACCAUGAUUCUGUUGUGAUUUAUAGAGUCCCAACCAAAAGGUCUCAUCAAUCUGUUCUGUGGAUGUUGUACUUUAAAUGAGCCUACACCAGUGAAAAGGCGUGAAUGCCUGCUGCAUUCUGGUGUUUGUUUCAGAUCAGCGAGGAGAUGGAGAAGGCAAAGCAGGAGAUGGAGGAGAAAGGCAACAAGAUGUCAGAUGGAGGUGAAAAAGGCGGCAUCUUUGAUUGUAAACAAUCCUAACUCAUGAGCUAUCGUCUCAUGAGGAUUCACCCCUCUGGGAGUGAUGAUGACCUUUUAGGGUAUUUUACUGUUUAUUGUCUGUAGUACAAUGGCAACUUCCUGGUUCUGGUUGCAGCGUUUUGGACCAGCUGAAGAGUCUUCAAAGACCUGUUAGAGCAGCCUGAUAAAAGGGAAUUACAGAAAUCCAAUCAUUACAGUCGCUGUGCUCUGCCUGCUUUUGCUCUCGAUACAGUGUUUUUCCUGCACACACCAAAACCCGCUCACAACUGAUUGGUUGAUACUGUUCAGGCAACAAAGAGACAUCAAAUUUGUGCAGCUUCUUUUAGCAGAGAUAAGCUGUGGGGAUUUGAUCCUGACUUCUGCUGCCUCUGUUUGUGUCGGUUUUGCAGCUCCUGUGGUGAAGAUCAGACAGAGUCUGACCAAGCUGAAGCAAGAGAUCGUUCAGAUGGACGUGAGGAUCGGCGUGGUGGAGCACACGCUGCUGCAGGCCAAACUCAGAGAGAAGUCCAACAUGACACGGGACAUGCAUGCCACCAACAUCCCCGAAUCUGCAGCUGGAUCCUUCUCCUAA